AUGGCAGGCACGACUUUCGCAGAACUUCACCUUGCUUUCUAUCAAUGGAUCGACGAGACUCUUGAUCAUCCCCUAGGCCGGUACUUUAUGGCCGGCGUGGGGUCAUCUUUGGUCGUGCUACUCGUGGCUAUUGCAGCUUUCUGCAGCCGUAGCAAGACUCCCAAUGUCCCGAUUCUACUACAAGACGAGAUCGGCAAUGCAAGGAAGCGUGCUCUCGAGUACUGCUUCAACCCACGGGAGGUCAUGGAAAAAGGGUACAAAAAGUUCAAAAAUGAAGUCUUUGGUCUCGAUACUCAAGAUGGUAUGAUCGAUCUCCAAACAGUUCCCUGCCGUCGCUUACAUUUUAUAGGGCUCAAACUAGUGAUACCUCCAAGCUAUCUUGAUGCAUUGAAGAGUCAUCCCGCCCUGAGCUUCAAAGCUUCUAUCGACAACGAUAUGCAAAUCGAAUACACACAUUUCGGCGGUCCACCGGAAUAUGUCAUUCACGCAAUCAAAGCCAAUCUCACUGGAUCACUUCACUGGACACCAGUCAAAGUCCACGACCGAGUACUCCGCCUCAUUGCAACCAAUAACGCUCGCGCUUUUCAAGGUACCGCUGCAAGUGAGGACGAAGAGUGGCUGUCGGCAUCCACCGGUUAUGUUCUGGCUUGCUUCGACUGUAUACGAGCUUUGAAGCAGUGGCACCCAUGGCUCCGACCACUCGUCUACAGACUCAUCCCGGAACGAGCUGCCAUCAAGGAUCAAUGGGCCAAGGGUCGCAAACGAGUGAUGGCAUCCAUGAAAGAGAGACAACAAAAGGGCGGGAAUAUUGAAGACCCGCCCACUAUGUUGGAUCAUUUGAGCAAUGGCAAGCACGAAGGUAUGGCCAAUGAUAUCGAAAAGCAGCUGGUUCACCAGAUGAAUCUGAUCGCUGUUGGUACAGUCACCACCUAUUCUUCCACAACACAAGCCAUCUACGAUCUUGCAACUCAUCCAGAAUAUGUUCCUAUACUGCGACAAGAGGUUGAAUCCGUUUCUCGAGACGCCAACGGAAAUUUCACUCGGGACUCAACUUUGGCGAUGGAGAAGCUUGACAGCUUCAUCAAGGAGAGUCAGCGAUUCCACUCCCCCGACCUAACGAUCGCAGACAUGACACUCCCAGAUGGCACAUUUGUCCCCAAGGGCACUAAGCUAGAGAUCAACACCUGCUCAAUCCACAAAGACAAAGAUCUGUACGAAAAUCCUGGUGACUUUGACGCUCUUCGCUUCUACAAAAUGCGUCAGGCUCCUGGGCAGGAAGCCAAGUACCAGUACUUCAGUGUGGGCCGAGAAGACCUCUCAUGGGGGUUUGGACGACACGCUUGCCCUGGAAGGUACCUCAGCGCCAUCAACAUCAAGCUUAUCAUGGCGGAGCUCUUGAUGAACUAUGACAUCAAGCUGUGCGAUGGGGCAAGCCGACCGCCAAACAUUGAAUUUGAAGUUCUUUGCUCCCCCGAUCCCGAUUACGAGAUUUUGUUGAAGAGUAGAGAGCAUUAG